AUGUCUGCUACCAAAACAUCCACGAUCAAUGCCCAUGGCAGCCAUGUGCGGCUUCAACUCGAUACCCCUUUAGAGAAUACUUUGCAAGACUACAAGAUCCAUCACUCUUCUCGCCAAUCUUCAUUGGCGAUUGACCAGCAAAGCGGCGAUCGCAAUAUCGUGAUUGUCGCGGGAAUUUCACGAGAAGCUCAACCAAGUGAAUUCGACUCUUCUUUAGCUCCUCAUCCCACAGUGCCAUAUCCAGUAUCAAACCCAGGGUGGUGGACCGACACCUUCAGGCGUGUUCCUGAUUACCGGCCUAUCAAUCAGCAUCUGGAUCUUAACGAGAGACGGCAGAUGCUCUUAUUUACAAUUGUUGGCGGCAUUAUGGUCAGAGGAUGUUGGCUCAUGUCGGUUUGGGCACAGGUUUGGAGGAACACGGCUGGAAGGGUAACAGAUAUUGGUCUCUCAAAAGUCGGAGGGGAGUGGUAG